AUGAAGAUCCGACACCAAGGCCAACAGUACAGGCCGAGGAUGGCAUUUCUCCAGAAGAUUGAAGCGCUGGUGAAGGACAUGCAGAACCCAGAGACAGGGGUCAGGGUGCAGAACCAGAAGGUCCUGGUCACCAGUGUCCCUCACGCCAUGACAGGCAGUGAUAUUCUCCAGUGGAUCGCCCAGCGGCUUUGGAUCUCCAAUCUGGAGGCACAGAACUUGGGCAACUUUAUUGUCAAAUAUGGCUACAUUUACCCUCUGCAGGAUCCCAGGAAUCUCGUACUCAAGUCUGACAACAGCCUCUACCGGUUUCAGACGCCGUAUUUCUGGCCCACCCAGCAGUGGCCGGCUGAAGAUACAGACUAUGCCAUCUAUCUAGCCAAGCGAAAUAUAAAGAAGAAAGGGAUUUUAGAAGAAUAUGAAAAGGAAAAUUACAACUUCUUGAACAAAAAAAUUAACUACAAGUGGGACUUUGUCAUUAUGCAGGCCAAAGAACAGUACAAGACUGGGAAGGAAAGGAAUAAAGCAGACAGGUAUGCGUUGGAUUGCCAGGAGAAGGCGUACUGGCUGGUCCACCGAUGCCCUCCGGGAAUGAACAAUGUGCUGGACUAUGGCCUGGACCGAGUGACGAAUCCGAAUGAAGUUCAGGUAAACCAGAAACAAACAAUCACUGCUGUCAGAAAAGAGAUCAUGUAUUACCAACAGGCCUUAAUGAGGUCCACGGUGAAGUCUUCGGUGUCCCUUGGAGGGAUCGUCAAAUACAGCGAGCAAUUUCUGUCCAAUGAUGCCAUCAUGUCAGGCUGCCUCCCUAGCAAUCCUUGGAUAACAGAUGACACCCAGUUCUGGGACUUGAAUGCCAAAUUGGUGGAAAUCCCAACCAAGAUGCGGGUGGAGCGAUGGGCUUUCAACUUCAGUGAACUGAUCCGAGACCCCAAGGGCCGACAGAGCUUCCAGUACUUUCUCAAGAAAGAAUUCAGUGGGGAGAAUCUGGGAUUCUGGGAAGCCUGUGAAGAUCUGAAGUACGGAGAUCAGUCCAAGGUCAAGGAGAAAGCGGAGGAGAUUUACAAGCUAUUCUUGGCCCCCGGGGCGAGGCGAUGGAUAAACAUAGAUGGCAAAACCAUGGACAUCACGGUCAAGGGGCUGAGGCACCCUCACCGCUACGUGCUGGAUGCCGCGCAAACCCACAUCUACAUGCUCAUGAAGAAGGAUUCUUAUGCUCGCUAUUUAAAGUCUCCAAUCUAUAAGGAAAUGCUGGCCAAAGCCAUUGAACCUCAGGAAGCCACCAAGAGAAGGCAACCGGGCCAGCACACCGCUCCCAGCCCCCACCUGGCCGUGUACACAGGGACCUGCGUGCCCCCGUCUCCUUCGGGUCCCUUCUCCCCCUCCUGCCGCUCCCCCAGGAUGCCUUUCCCCUCGCCGGGCCGCUUCAUCCGGAGGCCCAGCAGCACCAUCUGCCCCACGCCUAUGAGAGUGGCCUCGGAGAGCUCCGAGCAGACGGGGGCCGCUGGUGCCUCCGGGGCCUGCCCAGGGCCCUCCGACACCGCCGGGGGUGAGGCCUCGGCCGAACACCCCUGGGUCCGGCCCAAGGCCCGCGUGGCUCUGUCCUUCAGCAGGUUUCUGAGACGGGGCUGUUCGGCUUCCCCGGUCUUUGCCAGGCUCUCGCCCAAGUGCCCGCCCGUGUCCCACGGGAAGGUGCAGCCCCUGGGGGACGUGGGCCAGCAGGUGUCACGGCUGAAAUCCAGGAGAGUAGCAAACUUUUUCCAGAUCAAAAUGGACGUGCCUACGCAGAGUGGGACCUGCCUGAUGGACUCGGAGGACACCGGGACAGGAGACUCGGGUGACCGGGCCGAGGAGAAGGAGGUCAUCUGUCCCUGGGAGAGCGUGGCCGAGGGGAAAGCUAGCUGA